AUGGCAAGAAUCAAGGUUCACGAGUUGAGGCAGAAAGCCAAAGCUGAUCUUUUGAGUCAGCUCAAAGAUCUCAAGGCCGAACUCGCUUUGCUCCGUGUUGCUAAGGUCACCGGUGGUGCACCCAACAAGCUCUCCAAGAUCAAGGUGGUAAGGCUGUCGAUUGCUCAGGUUUUGACAGUGAUUUCUCAGAAGCAGAAGGCUGCAUUGAGGGAAGUUUACAAGAACAAGAAGUAUUUGCCACUUGAUCUCCGCCCUAAGAAGACCAGGGCUAUUCGCCGAAGGCUCACCAAGCACCAGGCAUCUCUGAAGACCGAGAGGGAGAAGAAGAAAGAGACAUACUUCCCAUUGAGGAAGUAUGCCAUCAAAGCCUAA